GUUAGCAUUCAAUAAGUCGUUAGUUUGUGUGCAACAAGUAAUCAAUGCAUUGAUUGAACAUUUCUUUGAACAUUUCAAUUGAGAGCUUAUAGAAAAUGAUUUGUUGAAAAAUUGAAUGUUUGUCUAAAGUGUGGAAAAGUAGGCUUUUUGAAGGAUGAGCGAUAAUAACAAUUCAUGCAAUUCUUCCGAUUACGACUAUCUGAUUAAAUUUUUAACAUUAGGCGAUUCUGGUGUUGGAAAAACCAGUUUUCUUUAUCAAUAUACUGACGGGUCAUUCAACCAAAAAUUUAUAUCAACGGUUGGCAUUGAUUUUAGAGAAAAACGAAUUGUUUAUAAGCCUCUAAAAAGUGAUGGCAUCAUAGGUCGGAGCCAAAGAGUUUAUCUACAAUUAUGGGAUACGGCGGGUCAGGAAAGAUUCCGUUCGCUUACAACUGCAUUCUUUCGCGAUGCGAUGGGAUUUAUAGUCGUAUUUGACAUAACAAGUGAAAAGUCAUUUUUAAAUGUCAGGAAUUGGUUGGAACAGCUUCGGACACACGCCUAUUGUGAUGAUCCCGAUGUCGUUCUUUGUGGUAAUAAAGCAGAUCUCUAUGAUAAAAGAGUUGUCUCAGAGGAAAGGGCUCGACAAGAGGCUGAAAAAUACGGACUUAAAUAUUUUGAGACGAGUGCGGCCUCGGGUCAGAAUGUGAGCAAAUCAGUCGAGACUUUAUUGGAUUUAGUGAUGACUCGAAUGCAAAGAGUGGUCGAAACAAGUCCUCGACUUCCAAACCGUCGCUAUUUUAGCGAUAAUAUUAAACUCGAGGACAACGAAUACAAGGAAAACAAUGGAAAUUCAAAUUACAGCAAAUAUUGCAAUUGUUAGCCAUUGGGAUCAACUCUUAUACAAACUUACAUUCAAUAUAUCAUUUACAACAUAACUUAGAUUUUUCUAAGCUAUGUCUAAAUC